CGGGCGUGAAGUGUUAAGCGCUCGAAUGCAGCGAGUGUAUACAAGUGCGCAUGUGCAGAUUAGCAAGGGACGUGCAAAGAUCCACUUCGCCUAAGAUCCCUUCAGAUCAUCUGUGGCGUAACCGUUCACGCAUCGGAACUCCAGAAGCAUCCCCAGAUCAUGCAACCUUUAUUCAGCCAUUGCUCUGCUGCAGAAAAAAGUUGAACAGUAAAAAGAGGGGCCUACAUAAAAUGGAAAUAUCAUGGACUGCCAGAAGAACAAAUAAAUCAGUGUUAGAAGAGAUACAACCAACAUGUUCCUUAGAGGUGAAGAUGAUGAGACCUAGACUCUCAUACUUUGGACACAUUGUCAGAAAAGACCCAUCACUUGAAAAGGACAUCAUGUCAGUUCCACAGGAGGACCUGCUCGUGUGACUGCACCCCAGAUCCUGUGUCCAUCGUGUCGUGUUGUGGACUGGGUCCUGCUGUAAGGGAAGGCUGCUCCUUCCCUGCUCCACACGCACAGUGCUCUGAACUGGCUCAGAACACAGAAGACUCUGAUUUGGAAUCAUGUCGGGGAGCAUGGUGAGGAAGGUCCAGCCUUUCACGAUUGGGACACGGCUGUCGGUCCCCACUGUGCCGAAGUGCCCAGAGUUUGUAGCCACCUUCUUGCCGAGCCAGGCCCUGGACAUCUGCGGGUCAGGGACACACCUGAUCCAAGCACCUUGUGGCACCGAGUCGCCUGGCGGCCAGGUGUUGUUGACCCAGGCGACUGAAGCUGACUGCUGGCAGCAUGAGGUAUCCACAGAAGAUUAUGUCAGCAGCAGCAAUGCUGUCUCCCAAAGCAGUUCCUCUAGGUCUAUCAGGAAGAUUACCAUCUCCGGGAGGACUGGAACCACUGGGGACGGUGAAGCCCAGGUAUCAGACUGCCGUAAUGCCUCACGCACAUCCAGCUUGGAAGAUAACAGCAAGAGCAACACUGCCUCCAACCCCUUACCUGCAAUGACCAACAGGACCUGUGAGGUGGAUUCCUACUUCAAGGUUCUGCUAAGGAAAGAUGCUGAUGUAGUGCUACAGGAACAUCAAAGUCAAGAUGUAGAUGUUGGAGACAAAUCCACUACCAAAGACCAGAUAAUUCUGCUGAGAGCGGUUUCGCCAAAAAGAGAGCUGGUGGAUAGGAUUUGCCCAUCCUUCGCUAACAGAGAAACGCCGUCCUCUCCAGAAGAGAUCCCGGCACAUAAUGACCACACCAUGACUCAGCCCAACAGCUCCUUCAUUAGAGAAGUCCUACAGGCAGAGGAGUGGAUCAGAGGGAAACUCAGAGAUUUGACAAAUGCCGGCAGUGUCCAAAAGGGCCCACAGCAGAACUGGGAGGAAGCAUCACAGACAGUGCAAAGAGAUCUGAAGGACUUUGAGAAUACACUCAUACAGCUGAACCAGAUGGGGGAGAAGCUCAUAUGUGAACAGAAUCCCAGCGCAGACGUAGUGAGGGAUCAGCUGAGUCAGCUCAAAGACCAGUGGCACACCUUGAAGAAGAUGGCCUCCAGUCAAUCCACUGCAGCGCACUUUGGCAGGAAAGUGGACAAGCUGGACACCUGGACAAAGGAGAAGGAGGAGGAGCAGUCACUUGUUGCGUUUUGUGGGGAGAACGUUGACAACGUCCAAGUGACAAGAAGGACCCUGGAUUUGAAGCAAGUCAAGCGGCAGUAUAUAGUUCUUCAUGAAGACUUUAACCACCCGACUUGGAAGCUAGAAAAGCCAUGGAGAAGUGAGAACGAGAAGAAUUGCGUCAAGAGAACGUGGCUUGAGGUUCAGUCACGUCUGAAGGACUGCCAUGAAAAUCUUCAGCUCGCUCUAGAGGUGUCCUCCUUUUACCAGCUGGCUGACAGAAUUCUCAGUGCUAUUACCAAUAAGAGAAAAAGCAUUUCUCUAACAAAUGGCCAGGAGAGUGACCGAGAUAGAGAAUUUAUAGAAAUAACCAGACAAGUUAUGAUGCUGGACACAAUUGUUUCUCAGCUCUCAAGUUUCCAUCCAACCCUUGCCGUCAGACUGACUCAUAAACUGGAUGAGGUAAAGGGAGGCUGGGCAUUCCUACAGGCAGCUCACAGCAGGAAAGAGAAGUUUGAUCAUCCUUCUGAUGACCAUGUCACAAAAGAAGACACUGAGGUACAGAGCAUUUCCAGAGAGCUGCAAGGUUGCACAGAAAAUGAGGCACUGAGGAUCAUGGGAAAGGAGGACAAGGAAGAACAGAAUCGGCUCAAAGGAUGUGUGGGUGCAAGAGAACCUGGGAUCAUUUGGAAGUCAAUGAAUACCCAAGAUGAGGACAAAUUUUCAGUAAACUGUGCCCCAACCAUGGAAAAUGGCUGUGAUGUCAUGGGGAGAGGCCAGACGGAGAGGCAAAGGGAAAUAGAGAUGAGUGACAGCCAAAGCUACCCACCUGGAUGGGACCCUCACCUCCACACACAAGAAGAGCAGUUCACUGCAUCUGCAGAUGAGAAAGUCCAGAGUCUGAUGCGAUCCCAUUGCUCAGAGAACACCAAGAUAGAAGAGUUUCUCCUUCAGUUAGAGCUGCUGUGGGAAGAGCUGAAGAAAAGACACAAGAAGAACAUGGAAGUACUUCAAGAUCUGGAAGCGCUCAACCUGAAGACUGUCGAAGUUCUGAAGAGCCUGAAAAACCUAGAUGUCUGGCUGCACUCAACAGAACCUUCCAUUCAACAGGCCUCAUUGAUAAUGUGUCCUGAGGCUGUGACCAGGGUUGAGCACCAGAGCUGUCGGGUGGACAAAGAUAUGCCUCCCUCUGGUCAAGAGGCAGUGAAGAUUCAGAAGAGGAGGCACAUCCACACCCAACAGCUUCAUGCAAGAAUGGAUGAGGUUGAGAAGCAGUAUCAAAGUGUGCUGACCGCUCUAAAAUGGCAGACCUCCAAUCAACAGGGUAAAGCUGUGCAAAUGGUCAGCCUAGAGGACGUGGAAACACAUCAAGGGUUACCCAAGGAAUGUUAUGGGACACUAGGGCAGAUGGAUUAUGAAAUCAUCAAAGAGGAAAUAGCACAAAUGGAGGAUAUGGUGGCUCACUGGGAUGGAGCUUGGACCUUGAGAGAGGAGAUCCAGGCCCUGCGGGAAGCUUGGGAAAACCUGGAGAGCAGCAUGGGUGCAAAUCGGAGCACAUUGCUACAGCUGGAGCAGCUGCAGAACUUCUUCAGCCAUUACCAGGCAAUGAUUUCACGAACAAGGAACAACCGCUGUGGCUUGUUGCCUGAGAACACAUGGCACGGUGGAGAAGGGUGCGAGGUGGAAGCUGCUUCUGAUUUGGACAUGGAGCAGAAGCUGGAUGACCUGAAAGGCCUUGCUGCUGCAGGGCAGAUGCUUACAGAUGCCGGGCACCGUUCUGUAGAGAUGAUAAGGGAGAGGACGGAAGAGCUGUGGGGAAAACUAGGGUGGAUGCUCAUAUGCCGGAGGAUACAGCAGCACUCGCGGGCCAGUAAGAAGUGGAACCCAGGGGCAGAGAGAGAGGUUUGCUCUGGAACUACUGAUUCCACACAACCACAAGAGGCUGUCUUUGUCGAACCGGAGUCUCACCGACAGCCAGAAGAGAUAAAUGGCAAACAAGAAACACUCUGUAGCAGUCCCCUUCCAAGAUGUGCAAACCCAGAGGAGGGCUGGUGCACACUACAGCCACGGAGUGGGUUGGAGCUGUUGCAUGUUUCUGAAACAAAAGACGAUAAUGCGGCCUCAACAUCAACAAAGGCGCACCUCUUGGAUCCACGGGCACCGAAGUCACCUAUUCUGGUUAUGAACAACCCGGCUGGCCCCUUACUUGGCAACACUGUAAACCUCAUCCUCAGCUUCAGCGAGAUGAAGGAAAGGCAACCACUGGAGCUGAAACCAGAACAGAAGAUGGAAGUCUCAGAACCCAAGCACAGGGUAAGCACAUAUUUGCAUGUGAAAGAGAAUCAAACUUUGGAGUCUUUGCUUGGGAGUAGCAAUCUGACUAACCAAACUUCCAAGUGCGACCCAUCUUCUUCCCUCUCUGCUACACCAUCUGGCCAGCACCAAGACAGCAAAGAGCAAUUCCAGGACUUAUCCAGGAGCAAUACCUACUCCACCUUCAAUACUCUGAAGAGCAAGAGAAGCAAGAAGAGGAGAGAAGCACGUAGGCAUACUGUGCAGAUGAUUAUGGGAAGGAAGAAAGCUGAAGAGAUGACCCCUGCUCAAAGUCAUUUCCUGUACAGGAGCCAUAGCUGGACUUUCAGGGAUAGGAAGAUGAACAAACCCACAGAUGUUUGGAUAGAAAAUGUAGAUCAUCUUGGAAAGAAAACUGAUGCUAAAAAUUCAUGGGAAAAGAACACUAGUGCAGUGUGUUUAGCUUUGUCGGAGGAUCCUUCUGGAUGGACCCAAAGGAUCCUUGGUAAACCUGUCAACAACCACUGCAGGCAUCUCCCACUGGGUUCUAUGUUGAGCUUUGACCUUCCCAAGGACCAAAGUCCCAUCACCACCAUACCAGACAUGAUAAUCAUAGAUCCUUCAGAACCAAAAUGCAGGGAACUUCAUGACCCAGGUACUCCAAACGUAAAGUUGGGCAGAUAUGGAGAUUUAAGUCCUAUUAGAGUGUCACAGUUAUCACCAGAACACAGCAGAAAAACAAUGAAACACAGAGACGAAGAGAUACAUUCCGUAAAAGAUUCACACCAAAAUCCUGAGGUGCAGAGCUAUAACUUGAAAAGGAAUUCAUGCCUCAUAGCAAAUAAAACAGAACACCAUGCUCAUGACCACCUCUCUUGCAAGUCAAAUAUUUUGAGCAAUGACCUGCCUGAGUCAGAUCCCUGUCUGAGUCAAAUCGCAGAUGGGAUUCAAUGUAAGAAAUCUUGUGGCCACAGCCAAAAAACCUGUGCAGACACCAAAACGGACAACUGUGGAACCGCCACCUGUGGUCAUGAUUUUACGUCGCUCUUAGUGAACCAUGUGUGUCCAAGUGUUCACACUAAAAUUCGGGAUCUGAAAGGACAUAUAUAUCAUGCUCCAGCUAAGUGGCAAAGGCCACAGGUUUCAGUCACAGGCAUCGAUACCACAUUUAUUUCAAAGGAUAGUUCCAAAGAGUUGGAUGCUCCUAUGUCUGGACUUGUUGGACAUUCUGCUAGGUUUUUAGAUGUCCACUUGCCCAGGGGCACUGCUGAGGUGGGAUCUCUAGUGAAUGAGGAUGCUGCUAUCAACAUUCAGAAAGAUUCAACUGAACUGGGACUAACAGCAGUGGACGUCCUCCAUCCUGACCAUGGACAGUUUGAGGAGGAAGAGGCAGAGCUGGAGGACAUCUGGAACCAGGUGAAAAUGUACAAUAACCCCCAUAAUGACACCCAUCAGAGUGUCCAGAGAGAUGCAGCUCUCACUCCUCCCUGCCCUUCAGGAAAAGACCUCUAUGAAAACCUGGAUGAAGUCCACAAGAAGCCUGUUACAGUCUCCACACGGAACCUCCUGGUGGCUGAGUUUAAGCUGCCUGCCUCCAUCCAAAGCCUUCUUGGGUACAGCAAAGAAGAGAGCCAUGGAAAGAGAAAGAACCCUAACACAGAAAAAGAGGCAUCCCAGGCCUCUGUCCCUGUGACAGAGCAGCUGAGACAAUCAGUGGCACUGGUGAGCCACACCAUCUCUUGUCCAAGAGAACUUGGUGCUACAGAAGACCAGCAACCGUGCCAUUUUACAUGGAACAAAAUGGGGGAUGAGUUGGAGAGCACCAGUAGUUCAAAGACCGGGACGAAAGCAGAAUCUCAUUCAAUGGAAGGGGUUCUGGAGAUGAAGUAUACAACACAAAAGUCAGGACAGAAGGCUUCCUGUCAAAUGUGGAACACCUUCCAUGCUGCAUUAUUCAACCAGAUGCUGUGCUUCUUCAAGCAGAAAAAGGACGCCAUGGAGACGCCAUUGUCUGAGCUGACCCUUGAUCUUCUUGAUGCUGAGGCCACGGCUGGCCCUGAGUACACUGAGAAACCCAACUGUUUCUGUCUUCGCUUACGGGAUGGCUCAGAAUACCUGCUUAGAGCUGCAUCCCCUUCUUUGACCAGUGCUUGGAUGGAGAAGAUCCAAGCCAACACGGGCUUGAGAAAAAAGGAUAACCCUAAAAAUCAGUCUCCAGACUCUGUACCGGACCUGUCCUUGCCUCUCCACUCCACAUGUCACUGUGCUCCACGACUUGGUAGCCCUUCUUUUCGCUCAGAACAGCUUGAUGUAAGAAACACCAGCACCGAAGAGACUGCGGUUACGACAAGAGACAGUCCUCCGAUGCCACAGUGGCAUUUUGGGAAAACGGAGGACCAAGACCUGUGUUCAGAUGCAGGGCGCAAUGUCGCUUACCAGAAGAUCACACCGGUCGUCCCUCCCUGUGCAGCACGUGUGAGCAGUCCCAGCUACUCUGUGACUUUGCUCAUUGGAGAGAAUACCCCAGACAGCACUCCAGAGUGACAGGUGCCCCAUGGCAGUUUCUCCUCAGUGUGCGAGAGAAGACGAAGCCACAGCUCUGUCAAAGUAAAAGGACAAAGUAAAGAGGACAAAUCUAUGCUAUUAUUAUUAUUAUUAUUAUUAUUAUUACCUUGUAAUAAUAAUGUA